AUGGAUCGCUUACCCAAGACCACGAGAGCCGCGCCGAGGACGAAGACAAAACACAGAAACACAGACAGCAUUCGCGAUUUUGCCGAAACUACAAGCUCGCUUCUGCUGGACGAAGAGGCGGAGCCACCACCUGUGAUCUACCUUGAAGAUGAUGAAGACGAUGACGCGGAAAGCUUACUCGACUUUGAGCUUGUCGAAGAUGAGAUCAAGGUGGACACUGCUCGGCCCCGACAACACUUGGAUAGUCAUACCCUAGCAAGCGGCGUGAAGCUUCGAGCUGGAAAAUGCGUCGAGCUUUGGGACCAAAACUUCCUCCGCAUCGCAUCCAUCUAUCGUGAUACGCCGACCGGAGAAGUCUUGUUGAAAGGCAUCCUACUACGUCGGCAUUGGAGGACGAGCGGCAUGCUCGAGCGAAAGGUCAACGAGGUCCACGCAGUGCUGGUAGAUGUUCCCCGCGAUGUUGUCAACCCUGACUUAAACGACCAUAUGGUCUCAAUCCCCGAAUCGGACGUGAUGUGCGUACGCCGAGUCACCUUCACGAAUCUGCCUUUCGCAUACCGCAAGUUUCCGGAUCAUAGCUUUCGUGACGCCUUUGCGGAAGCUAUCGACUUGUAUACCACAAGGGAACACAGCAUCCUAGUGUGUCGCUGGAAGCUUGUCGAGUACAUAUCACUGCCUGGGAGAAAGCCUAACAAAGGCGCACUUAUACGUCUCCGCGAAACCGAGAGUGAUCCCGGAAAGAGUAUGUCGGAUGCUGCGCUUAGCUACUGGUGGCAGAUGUUGGAGGCCUUUGGAGCGGGACCAGAGGGGCAGCCUCCACAAGCAGAUACGGACGCAUCAAGGCGACGCAGGGAGACCAAAGCAGCAAAUGUUGAACGACACGAAUACAUGACAAAAACGACGACGAAAACCUCGCAGAGCAGCUCCACCUUUGACCCGAGGCACGGCCUUUUGAAGCGUAAAAGCGUUACCAUGAGUGAAGCAGAAGUCCGUACAUCCUCCGCCUUGCAUACUAAUGCUACAGAUCUCGAGCAGCUCGGACUGUUAUACUGUGAGCCCUACACCGCCGGCGACAUUUGUUGCGGUGCAGGUGGUGUGACCGCCGGCGCUGCCAAGGCCAAUUUCAAGAUGGUCUUCGGCGUGGACUUCUGGCAAGACGCAUGCGAGACUAUCAAGCUCAACUUCCCAAGCAUGAAGGUGCUGAAUGUAGACAUCCACGACUUCCUCACUAAGGAGACUAACAGGAAGCGGUAUAGGGUUGCUGUGCUACACAUUAGCUUUCCAUGCCAGGCGUAUAGCUUGGCAAACACCUGGAAAGGCAUGGCCAAGAACGACGAGAGGAACGUCGAUAGCGGCUACAGUGCCAUACCGCUGCUGAAGAAGUCGCGGCCACGUGUAAUGACUCUCGAGCAGACAAGUGGACUGUACACACGUCAUCGUCAGUCUUUCCACGCACUGCUCAUGCAACUUACGCACUGCCACUACAGCGUUGGUUGGGAGGUAGUCGACUGCUCUGAGCACCGCCACGUGCAAGCGAGGAACAGAUUGAUUUGUGUAGGCUCAUGCAUCGGCGAACCACUCCCACCAAUUGCUUCGCCACGUCACGAACAUAAGACCACGAUUCAAGACUGCCUAGACAAUCUACCGCCCCUUCGCAGCAUCCCGCGACAUAUGCAGGUCUACACCGAGAGAGCAGGCCCCAGUUACGACCCGAACAUCCAGCUGCGAGGCGCUAUUACAUGCAGUGGUGGCGAAGGCGAUUUGCAUCCAACCGGCAAGCGCGGUUUCAGGGUCCAGGAGUUCGCGCUGCUCAUGGGUUUGCCAGCGACGUAUAAGUUUUGUCAGGCUGGCAUCACUGCGCUAAAAAGGCUCAUCGGGAACAUGGUGCCUAUGGAGACCGCGAAGGACAUUUUUACCGAGAUCAAGAAGAGUUUGAAGCAUGGCGAUCAACAGAUGACAGUCUGGCUGCAGGGUGGCGAGGGAAAGAGCAAGGUGAAGCAAGAGUUAAAGGAGGAGCUGGGCUUGCAGGACAGCUUGCGUGGUCAGGGCAAGGGUAAGGGCAAGGAGAAGCUUGUGAUUGUACUGGAUGAUUACGAGGAUUUUAUGGAUCUCGACGUGCAGCCAAAGAAGAGGAAGACGAAGACAGGCGGCUUGCGUCAAGCUCCGAUGAAGCUUGAGGAGGCGGAUACCAUCGAGAUUGAUUAA